CUGAGUCAACGGAAAAGCCGGAGUGUGGUAUUUUUAUGUGACUAGUUGUACCAACUUAGACAGCUCUUUUAAAUUAUGUUUUGCAAAACGAACCUGUUUUGACAAGUGUAAUAGCUGUCUUAUAGCCAUGUAGCUAGUUAGCUACAAAUACAGCUACUGUUGUGGACGAAGAGGUUCGGGUUUCAGUAACUUGCCUUAUUAACCCUCUGGGUAUUCUCAAUGACAACUUGGUUAGCUAGCCAACGUUAGUUAGUCAAAGAAAAUCAGGUUUCCACAACUGAUAAUUCGAGAGUGGAGCCACAUAAUGGCAUACUGCGACAAGACAGGUGAUCUUCCCUCAGCUUCUCUAAACAAUGAGGACAAUCGUAAUGGACAUGACCCGUUGACAGAUAAGCACCCGACUCCACACUCCAAAGGAAAUGCGAACGAUUGCUGUGCCACUGAAGAAGCCCGAACAGUGUCUGUCCCUCAUGGGUUGUGUGUAAAGAAGAAAAAGCUUGUCCUUCACAUUGACCUCAAUAACACCAUCUUAGUGUCUGAUGCUGUGACAAGUCAAGGAACUAUUGCAGCUUUGGAUUACUUUAUUUCCACAGUGACAUGGGGACAAAUGAGUAAACAAGGUAAAUGGAUGUGGAUGAGUGACUCACCUUCCCUACUUCCACCAUGUGAGGGCGCUGUCAGCUACUACUCCCAGUUUGGCCGGGUGGCAGGCUUCACCAGCUCCACUGCAGGUCGGCGAUUCCGGGGCGUGCUGGAUGAGCACCUGGCGAUGCUGCGAUGGCCGAAGGAGCUGAAGGGGGACAAGGAGCUGGCUGUGAAGGGGGAGGAUGGACAGCUGUACCACUGGAUCUUGCCCUCCUUCUUCCAGCUACUGAAAGACCUGGUGGCAGAAGGGAGGGACUUUGCUAUCCUGUUCCGCACUUUUGGCUCUGACCUUCCCCGUGUGCUGUCUGCAGUGUCCCGUGCCCUCACUCAGGGCUCCCACCCACUCUUCCCUGACCUUCCAGCACUUAAGCUGAGUGUGAAUGAGACGCCAGGCCAGAUCCGCUGCAGUAAGAAGGGGGCGGUCCUGACCCGGGCAGAGGAGCGUCUGUCGACCCGUGACGGGGAGCGAGCCCUGUACCAGUACCUCAGCUCUGUCCAGUGCCUGGGGGGCUUCCAGGACCAUUUUGACUGGUGGGCCAGGAACACCUACUCCAUCCUGGGAGGGAAACCUCUGUGGGUGGACCCCUUCGACCAGAAUGUCCAGCACAUCUUCAUCGAUGACAACAUUCGACAGAAUGACAAAGACACCAUUGUCCACCCAAAGGUGUUUCUGGACCGAGACGGCUCAGGAACCCGCACAGCCUCCACCUCAGAGCUGUAUGACCUCUGUCUGGUCCAGAACGACCUGCUCAGGGCCAUCUCAGACCCAGAGUACUUCACCCAGCGCAUCAGCAUCUGCCAGGAUAACUAUGACAGGAACCUUCAGCAGGGGGCAGGCUAGAGUGGUUUGUCUGUAGCCCAGAGGUCCAGGGUGAGAAGGGGUUGGGAGAACUCAGGUCUGUAGACUGGAGGUGGAAGGUAAAAGGGAGCUCCUGUAGUUGCUCCAACUCGUCCUCUAAGGUCAAUAUUCUCAGGGUGUGUGACACUGGCAACCAAUAUAUUGCAUAUGUAGAAGGCAUUAUUUUGUAUUAUUUUGCUGCUGUUUUUAAAUUAUAAUAUAUAUUUAAAAAAAAUUGGUAAUCGAUAUAAAGGCAUUGUUUACGUGCACCAAAAUGUAUUCAGAAAAGACUUGAAUGGUCAUACUUGAAUGUUUCUAAUAUUACAAAGAGAGAGAGAGCUGCAUGUUUGAGCAGUAAGACUAACUGUUACAACUUAAAUCAUACUCUAGUCUACAGACAAAUUACUUUAAUAUUAACCACAAUUAGUAUUACUGUUUGACUAUUUAUCAUGGCAAAACAAUGGAUGAGUUUGACCUAAUAUCAUUUGGGUUUAUGUGGUUUGGAGUUUAUUUGCACUGAAAAUGACUUUACUUUCUUUGGAAGCGCUCUCAUGUGGGGAAAAAGUAUAUAUCCAGGGAAUGUGUGUCACGCUUUCUCUUGAAGGUUUGUCAUAGUGGUGGAUGAGGUGAGCGGCCCCAUUACAAUGUAAAGCUCUUUGGGUGUCUAGAAAAGCGCUAUACACCGACUGUACAAAACAUUAAGGACACCUUCCUUCGGGGCAUGGACUCUACAAUGUGUCAAAAGUGUUCCACAGGAAUGCUGGCCCAU